CCCAUGUUGUGUGACGUAGUCGAGUCGCUCGCCAUCGGACUAUUAUUGCCAGUUUAGUAGUUACGGAUUUGUGAGUGAUGCUUGCAAAACUGUCAUAAUUUAUGGCGUACCUAACGGGCAUUCGAUCGGAAGGUACUCGCGAACCUCCGUCCUCCGUUUCAUUCAUCUACAGCUGACUGCUGCUGCUGGAGCUCUUAUUUUCUCCGGAGAAUGGAGGUGCCCAAGAGGCGAGGAAUAUUGUCUAACUCUGCCUCUGCAGGUUCAUUGCAAACGGGUUCUCUUAGUACCAAUUCUGGAACCGGUCAUGCAAUGAAUCACUCUUCUCACACAACACAUCCCCCUCAGGCCACAUCAGAUCUUGCCAGUUUAUUUGAGUGUCCAGUGUGUUUUGACUAUGUCCUCCCCCCUAUAUUUCAAUGUCAAGCGGGCCACUUGGCCUGCUCCAACUGCAGGCCAAAGCUUACGUGCUGUCCAACUUGCCGUGGACCUUUGGGCAAUAUUCGAAAUUUGGCAAUGGAAAAGGUAGCGACAACAGUGUCAUUUCCAUGCAAAUAUUCCACAUCAGGUUGUACUGCUAGCCUUUUGCAUACUGAAAAAGCUGAGCAUGAAGAAGCAUGCGAGUUCAGACCAUACACUUGCCCCUGCCCCGGUGCUUCCUGUAAGUGGCAAGGGUCAUUAGAACAAGUUAUGCCUCAUCUUAUGAUAUCUCACAAAUCCAUCACAACUUUGCAAGGUGAAGACAUAGUCUUCCUUGCAACAGAUAUAAACCUUCCAGGGGCUGUUGAUUGGGUGAUGAUGCAGUCAUGUUACGGACACCACUUUAUGCUUGUUUUAGAAAAGCAAGAAAAAUUUGAUGGCCAUCAACAGUUUUUUGCUAUAGUGCAGCUUAUAGGCUCCAGAAAACAAGCAGAAAGUUUCACAUACAAGCUUGAAUUAAAUGGCACUCGCAGGAAACUAACUUGGGAAGCCACCCCUCGAUCUAUACAUGAGGGUGUCAGCACAGCUAUUCUAAAUUCAGAUUGUUUAGUAUUUGAUACGACAAUUGCACAACUAUUCGCUGACAAUGGCAAUUUAGGGAUAAAUGUUACUAUUUCUCAUGAUGCUGCAAGUCAGUCAGCAGUAUUUUGAAAUUGUGUAUGAAAGAAAUAUUUUUUCCUUAUCUCAUCCAUCCUGCUGGAAAUCAUCAGGAAAAUACUUGCUCUGGUCAUCUAAACAAGCAUUGUUCUCAUUUAUCAAUUAUUCACCACAUUAACUGAACCUUACAUGCUUUGUUUUUGUGAAGCCAUAUAUAAUCCAUUAGUACAGGCUUAGUCUUGGGAUAGUGAGUAUCCAUUCAUUACCUAGCUAUUUCUCCAAAGCAUCCAACCAACUUAUCACUUCUCUCAUGAAUUCUGUGAUUCAAAGUACAGCACAGCAAUGAGACUGUUGCUUCAUAUUUGUUUCAUUGUGUACCAAAAAAUCAAAACUCCAGUUUACUGUGUGUAUACUUUAUGAAAGUGAGGUUUUAGGUAUUUCUUGAUAUAAAGUGAUGAAGGUGAAGUUAGCUGGGCUUCCCUUGUCACAUGUGAGGGUUUUGUGAGCCCAUUUUCCUAUGAUUCUCACCAUCUAACAUAGUACAUCACAAGACAUUCUUCAAUAUCCAACAUUUAUCUAAUCUAUUAAAAUUUAUCAUGGUCUUGGUGGCACAUUAGUUGACCAGCUUUUUCUGUGAUUUAAUCUGCCCAAGAUCAUAUAUAUUAUGGGUAAUUUUCAAAAAAAUGUCUGGCCUUUUAAUUUUGUCUUAAAUACUUUGUGUAAAUACAGAGGUGUAUUUUGUAGGUUAAUUGUAUUGCUAUCUAUUUGAUUUUGAGCUUUACCCUUUUGUACAUUGCCUCUGUAAGAGUCAAAUAGGAGUUUUUUGUGUGUUCUUAUCUGUUACCAUUGUUUUGUUGAAAGAUCAGGCGAGUAAUGCGCAACCAAGACCAUCGGCCUCUUUAUUUUAAUUUUUUUUCACAUAUGAUUAAAAAUUGUUUCUUUGGAACGCUAAGUCUAGUAUUAAUAAAUAUAUUUUUGUAUAGAUCUAUAAGUAGAGCUAUGUAUUCCAGUGAUGAGUCGCAUUUUUCAAUGAGGAAUGUAGGCCACACAUGGCCACAAAUUAACAUAGCUCAUUUAAAACUAUGAGCUAGUCGUGUCACUUAAGUUCACAUUUUGUAGAAUAUUCCUCUGCAAAAUUUUGUUGAUCUGGAAUCGCUCUGAUUGCUGUGAUAAAAUUAUUUUCUCGUAGCUACUUUAGUAUUAUUCUGCUGUGAGUUAAUGUUGUAUGGCUUCCGAUGUAUGGUGGGUAUUUUAGGUGCAAUAUGAGUAAAAAUAACCACCAGUCAAUAUAGUUGGCCAAUUUUGUAGCAGUAAUGGAAUUCCAUUAUAUCUCAGUAUAUAUUUGAAAUGAAUAUGACAUAGGGAUGGCUGCAUCCCCCCCCCCCCCCCCUUUCUUUUGUGUGGACCAAAUAUGUCAAAAACCUUUAUUGCUGGUCAUUGUUUGUAAAGAUAACAUGAUCUAAGCAGGCUGUCUGUUUUUUCAUUCUUUUUCGUUUUUUAUUUUGAAAUUCAGAAGUAGGUUGUGGUCUGUAGACUUUGCAGAUGUUUGGUUACUGCUUCAUUGGCUAAAACAAGACUGCAGCUGCUGCUGGUGGGAUUCUAGUAUUUUUGAAAGAUGUAAAAUUAUUUUUUUUUCCAGAUAAAUAUAUAAUUUGAAGUGCCAUGUUUAAAUAGUUUAAAACUGACAGUGGUGCUUUGUCAAUGUGUAAGCAUAUGAUGUAAGUUGCACUGGCUACCUGAUGCACACUAAUGUCUAAAAUGUGAAUCUAUCUAAUAUUUAUUAUUACAUACUGUUCUAUGUGAGUGUGAAGUAUUCAUUGUAUUUCAACCAAAGGUCAUUACUUGGUAGGUCUGUUUGUGGAAUGCUAAAAGAUGGUUUGAUUUCUUUACGUUUCUAAUGUAUACAUUCUAGUUCCAUCUGAUUAAAAUAAUUUGCCUGACUUUUAAUUGAUUACUAUAAGACAAAACUAGACACACUUAUAAUGUUGUGGGACAAGAAAAGCAUUAACUUUCCCAUUUGAUAUUGUCUGGUCUAUUCAUAUUAUUGUGUUGCCCUCCAAAUCUGUAUCUACACAGAGAUUGAACUAUCAAAAACAAAGUGUACUCAAUUCAAGAAGAGUUGUUGCAGCUAUAUCGAAACAUGUUUUAAUUAACAUCUAAUCCAUUAUGUGAGUGUGAAAACUUAAAUUCUCAAAAAAUCUAUACUUCAGAUCAUGAUCAACACAAGAGAACACAAGUAUCUCCUGUGUUUCUUGUUUUGAUUUCUUUUUAGAGGAAUCUUGAUUACUUUUGCUCUAGUGGAACAGUAGUAUAUGAGCCAAAGAUGAAUGAACUUCUUUCCUUUCAAGCUGGGUGUGCAAGGGCAAUUCCUAACUUGCCAUAAAAUAAUGCACAGUGCUGUCCAGCAAAUGUUUAUAUACACCUUUUGGUUGGUCUGCAAAAUUGUUAAAGACACUGUCACUCUAUCCAAGUGAAUCUCCUAAAAUGAUGUAAAUUGUAACUUUGUAACAUAUCAACGUGUUAUCCUUUCUUUUGGAGUUUCUGGCUUCAUUGUAUCUUUGUUGUGCCAAAAUAGUUUGAAAUUCUAGCCUUAUGUGCAACUGAGAGAAAUGCAAGAGAGCCCAAAUUUUGUUACAAGUUAAUUCUUAAUUGAACAUCAAAUCCAAAAACGUGGAUGGAUACUAUAUACCAAAGUCAUUAUAUUUGUCAUGUUCUACAUGAACUGAUGCUUGUAACUAUUGGUGUCCAGUGUGUGACCUUUAAUUUCUUCACUUUUAUUUUUAACUCCAAAAGUUUUGAUUUUUGUAUAAUUGUAUUUAUUUUCCUAGUUUAUGAUCAUAUUGCCAAGAUUGUUUGAUAAGAUUUGGCAUGCACAUAUUUGUGAAAUUGAUUGUUUACACCAUGUGAUGUCUCCAGCCCUUUACAACUAUAAUACUGUGUACAGCACAGCUUCAAAAAUGCCUGGUGUCUUACUGUUCUAGUUUUGAAGCAAUCCUCUCAAACCGUAUAGAAUAUGCCUCCAUUAAAUUAUUAAUAAACAAUAAAACAAAUACCAAGAAUUCUAA